UGUUGUUGUCUGUACAUCAUGAAAAUUUUGAUUAGAAACUUGAUGAAAUUAAUUUUUAUUAGAAGUCUGAAUUUUUAAAAAUCAUUCCUAUUAAAGUUUUAAAUAUGGAGCGCGCAAAACACUCAAGAAGUCGAAGCCCAGACGUCGAUGAAGACAAACAACAUUUGAGUAAGAAACUAAAAGAUUCACAUUACUCUCGCGGAGAUAGAGAUAAAGAGCAUCAUAGAAAGGAAUACAGAGACGAUCGCAGAAGAGAAGAUCGUAGAAAAUAUGACAGGGAGGAUCGUAGAAGAGAUGAUACUCACAAAGAUGUUUCCAGAGAAGAUAGACGGAGAGACGAUUAUCGAAGUGAUCGUCAUAGGAGUGACUAUAGACGCCGGGAAGAUACUGGUCGUAGAAGAAGUAGAACACCUACAGACCAAAAAUACCCUGAUUCAAAAAAAGAAAUCAAUAAAGAGAAUGAAAAUGUAUCUGAAAAUAAAGCAGAACCUGAUAAAACCGAUGAAAGGAAAAUCGCCAAGAAGGAUGACAUCAACUUGAGAACAGGAGGAGCUUACAUACCUCCGGCCAAGCUGAGAAUGAUGGCUCAAAAUAUCACCGAUAAAUCUAGCGCUGCAUAUCAACGUAUUGCGUGGGAAGCCCUGAAAAAAUCGAUUCACGGUUUAAUUAACAAAGUCAACGUUGCAAAUAUAGGUAUUAUUGUUAGAAGUUUACUCAAAGAAAAUAUCGUACGAGGAAAAGGUUUACUGUGCCGUUCUCUACUCCAAGCUCAAGCUGCAUCCAUCAAGUUCACCAACGUGUAUGCUGCGUUAAUCGCGGUUGUUAAUUCGAAGUUUCCCAACAUAGGCGAAUUAUUGAUACAAAGAUGUGUGAAUCAAUUUAAAAAUAGUUAUAGAAGGAAUGAUAAAGCAUCUUGUCUUGCUGCUGCGACGUUUAUUGCUCACCUUGUAAAUCAAAGAAUGCUACACGAAAUAGCAGCUCUACAAAUCUUGCAAUUUCUACUCUUUCGUCCAACUAAUGAUUCUGUGGAAAUCGCCAUCGCAUUUUUGAAGGAAUGUGGUGAAAAAUUAGGUGAAGUUUCGCCCAAAGGUCUAUUUUCUGUGUUCGAUUCUCUUCGUAAACUAUUACAAGAAGGAGAUCUUGAUAAGCGAGUUCAAUAUAUGAUAGAAGUGAUGUAUCAAGUCAGGAAAGACAAAUUCAAAGAUUAUCCAGCCCUAAUGGAAGAACUUGAUCUUAUUGACGAAGAAGAACAAAUUAUGCAUAUGGUUUCAAUUGACGAUAAAUUCGAUAAUCAAGAUAUUCUGAAUGUAUUUAGACAUGAUCCCGAUUACGAAGAAAACGAGAAUAAAUACAAACAGUUAUGUAAAGAAAUUCUAGGAGAUGACGAAAGUGACGACGACGAUGAAGAUGGUGAUAGCGAAGGAUCAGAUGAUUCCGAAGAAGCAGACGACGAUGAUCCAGACUCUGAAAAAAAUUUAAUUCGAGACGAAACAGAAACUAAUUUAGUUGCAUUCCGGCGAACGGUGUAUUUAACUAUCAAUAGUUCAUUGGAUUUCGAAGAAUGUGCACACAAGUUACUUAAAAUGCAGAUGAAACCUGGACAAGAAGUAGAAUUGUGUCACAUGUUUUUAGAUUGUUGCACGCAGCAACGUACGUACGAAAAAUUUUUCGGUCUAUUAGCGCAGAGGUUUUGUCAAAUUAACAGAAUUUACAUUGAACCGCUUAAACAAAUAUUCGUCGAUAGCUACCACACUAUUCAUAGAUUAGACACGAACAGACUACGCAACGUAGCGAAAUUUUUCGCUCAUUUAUUAUACUCCGAUGCGAUACCGUGGACAGUUCUAGCCGUAAUUCGACUAAGCGAAGACGAUACUACUCCUUCAGGAAGAGUAUUCAUUAAAAUAUUAUUCCAAGAACUGUGCGAAUAUAUGGGAUUGGCUAAAUUACGUGGCCGUCUUUCAGAACCGGAAAUGCAGGAAGCUGUCGAAGGAUUAUUCCCCAAAGAUAAUCCGAAGAAUACCAGAUUUUCCAUUAAUUUUUUCACUUUGAUCGGGUUAGGAGGCCUGACCGAUGAUUUGAGAGAAUGGUUAAAGAACGGUGCUGUAGAAAAUGCUCCUCCUGUGAUGGAAGCUAUCCAAGAAGCGGUACAAAAAGCAAAGAAAACUAAAAAGCCUGCGUCUCCUGAAGAAAAAUCAAAGAAAAAGCCAGUUUCUAAAGAAAAGUCGAAGAAGAAAAAGAAACCAACAUCCUCGAAAGAAAAACAACAUAAAUCAAGGAGAAGACGGUCACCCUCAACUUCCUCCUCUUCUUCAUCCUCCAGUUCUUCGUCGUCGUCAUCUUCUUCGAGUUCUUCAUCGUCGUCCGAUUCGUCUUCAUCGUAGGGACGUAUCCUGAUAUCGUUUUUUGGUGAACGUAAAUUGAUCAUCGAAUGUACAUAUUUAACGCAUAAUUUGCGUUUUUAUGGCUCCGAAUUGUGUGUAAUAUAAAUGUAUAUAAGCUGAAAUGUAAGACUUGAGUGAUUAAUGAAUUUUGUUAGUUCAUUUUUAAAUAUAUAUUUUUUUAUCGUAAUUGAAGAGACGAAUAAAAGUUGAUGUUCACUCA